AUGUCCAUAUAUUGCCCUAAUUGUUAUGAACUCCAAGAAUUCAUUGAUAUUGCUCUUGAAGAUAUUGAAAGAGUUCUAAAUGAACUCAGAAAUAUUCAGAGAGAAAAGAAAGAAUGGGCUCUGAAGUUAGAGACAGUCACUAAACUAGAUGGUGGAGCAGUCACAUUUGGAGACAAAUCCAAAGGAAACAUAAUUGGUGUUGAAAACGUUCCUCUAACCCCAACAUGUGAUGCAGAUGAAGUUUACCUGGUUGAUGAACUCAACUACAAUCUUCUCAGCAUUAGUCAACUAUGUGACAAUGACUAUGAGGUUCAUUUUAAGAAACAUGGAAAGUAUCAUCAAAGUGAGUCGGUUGAUCAACAAACUCAACCUGCUGAAGAAAACAAAUUGAAUGAAUCUGGUCAAGUGGUUCGAAAUAAAGCAAGAUUAGUUGCUCAAGGCUACUCCCAGCAAGAAGGAAUCGACUGUGACGAAACCUUUGCCCAUGUAGCAAGACUUGGAUCCAUUCGAAUAUUACUUGCUUUUGCUGCUCACAAAGGCUUCAUGCUGUUUCAAAUGGACAUUAAAAGUACGUUCCUAAAUGGCUACAUCUCUGAAGAAGUAUAUGUAAAGCAACCACCAGAAUUUGCAAUCGUCACCUUUCCUAAUCAUGUAUACAAGCUGACUAAAGCUUUGUAUAGUCUUAAACAAGCUCCGCUUGCCUGA